AUGCCAGUGAUCUUCCACAAUCUUUCAGGGUACGACGCCCACUUGUUCAUUCGAGAAUUGGGGGAGAAGUAUGACACCGAGGACAUUGGUUGCAUCGCUGAAAACACUGAAAAGUAUAUCUCCUUCAAUGUAAAAAUCAAGGUACCCAUUGCAGGCAUGGGGUACGGUAAUGGUGAAACAUACAAGAAGAUCGAGAUCAGAUUUAUAGACAGCUGUCGAUUCAUGGCAUCAAGCUUGGAGAAAUUGGCAAGCAACCUCGAUGACGAACAGUGCAAAAAUCUCCGUUGGUAUUUCACUGAGGAUGACACCUUUAAGCUCAUGCGAAGGAAGGGUGUAUAUCCCUAUGAGUAUAUGGAUGGAUGGCGACGAUUCAAAGAGACUGAGCUACCUCCGAAGGAGGCUUUCUAUAGCAAGUUGAACAUGAAGGGGAUUAGCGAUGAAGAAUACGAGCACGCUCAAAAAGUGUGGAAUGUCAUCAAUCCAAAGGGUGAUGAGGUUAAUAUGGGCGACUAUCACGACCUAUACCUCACUACGGACGUCUUUCUAUUAGCCGACGUAUUCGAGACUUUUCGGGGAGUCUGCCAGAAUCAAUACAAACUCGACCCUGCUCACUUCUACAGCGCACCAGGCUUGGCAUGGAAAGCAGCACUCAAGUACACGGAUAUCAAACUGGAGCUCUUAACGGAUGUCGAGAUGCUCUUGAUGUUUGAAAAAGGAAUUCGAGGUGGUAUAACCCAGGCUGUACACCGAUAUGCCAAAGCCAAUAACAAGUAUAUGGGGGACCAAUACGACCUGGAGGUUGAGUCGUCAUAUUUGCAGUACCUCGAUGCCAACAAUCUCUAUGGCUGGGCCAUGCAUCAAAAACUGCCUACGCACGGGUUCAAGUGGCUGUCGAAGGUUGAUAUCUUUACAGAGAAGAGGAUCGAGAUAUUGGUUACCGAUAACAAGUACGGCUACAUCUUGGGGGUUGACAUCGAUUAUCCAAAGAGCCUACAUGACAAGCACAACGAGCUGCCUUUCCUGCCGGAGCGCAAGGUGGUUCAUAGGGUUGAGAAACUGAUACCAAAUCUCGAAAAUAAGCGGAAAUACGUGGUACACAUCGGGGCUCUUUAUCAAGCCCUGAAACACGGGCUCGAGCUUAAGAAGGUGCAUCCAGUUUAA